AAAAAAAAAGGACAAAUAAAGAAAUCCGCCAAGAGAUCAGACACCGCCACCUAAACUCACAAACGCCGACGACCCUGAAGAGUGACUCUAGACUACCAAGGACGACAAAUUUCUGCUCCUACCGGCACCCCAUUCGUUUGCUGCUCUAACCAACGGUGAACAAACACUAGACGCGUCGGUCUGUGUUGAUUGCAACAUCCUCCUCCUUGCCUUUUGCGUUUUGCUUUCGGCCAGUCAUGGACUCGGGUGACGACAUUCUAGACUACCUGGCUUCUCUGCUGCCGGCAGAUUAUAGGAACUUCAUACUCCGACACAUCUUACAGUCCAACACGCCCGUCCAGAUCGCCAAGCGCAAAUUCGUCUACCACGCCCAAAAAACAUUCGACGUCAUGUAUCCGUUCGUCCAGCCGCUCGUGAGCCGAUUCCUCGGCGCAUUGUACGACUCCCCAGACGUGGUUGUCAUAGUCUUCACCCUUACUGUCCUCUACCUUGCGUUCCAGAUCCUGAACUGGAUGCGCCGCGUCGUCAUGUUCUGGACCAGGAUGGUGGUGCGCGCCACCACCCUCGCUGUCAUUGUCAGUCUACUAUCUAUGGCAUACCAGAGAGGGUUGGAACAAUCCAUGCGGGACGUGUUUGUUAUCGGUGGGAAGCUUUCAGGAUAUGUGGCCUGGGCCAAGGACAUAUGGCUUCAGGAAUAUGGCAACUACCAGGCUGCCGCUGCAAACGGAGAGGCACAAAGAGGUGCCUAUGCGAACGCACGGAGUCAUCGUUAGAUCAAGACUCAGGUGAUGUUGGAGACAGACUCUAGCCUACGAUUAUGACGACAUGUCCUUACGCCAGUUAUUUAUUUGGGUAUGUGCGCCCAUCUCCAG